AUGGACGGUCGCCAGCCUAACCCCUUCCAGAUCCGCGAUAUCCCCCACCAGCCGUGGUCCUUUGAUGGGAUGAAUGAAGCGGUACAAGCUACUCUGCUCCAGCCUAUUGCCCCACAGGACGCGCAAAACCUUGGAUCUGUACCGGCUCGAGGCAGUGCAAUGACUGGACAACCAUCGCCCCACAGACCUUCCACCAGACCCGGCUCGGACAGAUACAGUUGGCACAAUCCGCUCGGGCGAAACCAGGAAAACGUACCGCCACGCAGCUCUCGGAGAAACACCACACAACAGCCGAGUCAGUCCCGCAGAUCACGGCAAAAUGCAGAUCAAGGUGCAAACAAUCACCACGUCGUCCCCUAUGCCCUCGGCACACGAGAAGAAGUCCAGUCUGAAGACUAUGUCAGUCCCCUAGCUACCAUGUACGGCAGAGCCUGGAACCGCUAUAGAGAAGCCGAAGAGCGCCGAGCUGCCAACAGGCAACUAAAUACCGACGCGGUCGAUAUGUUUGGGACCGGGCCACCUCAACUUCAAGAUCCGGGUCAGCAAUUCAUCGAGAGUAUGAACAAUAUGAGAAGGGUAUCUGAGCAGGAGUUCCGUGCAAGGAUGGAUGCAAUUGCAGAGGCCCAAGCAGCUCUUAUGAACCCGCUCACAGAGCCCGACGUCAAUCCCAUCGACUCACAGUUGUCACGCCCACCACCGAUCUCGUCGGAGGAAAUGACUGCAAACAUCGAGUGCAGAAUAUGCCACGAGCAAAAGAUGGAUACCAUUCUGGAACCCUGUAUGCACCUUAGCAUUUGCCACUGGUGCUUGGAGGUGAUGCGAGCCCGGGUCCGCCGGUAUCGAAUCGAUCCUGAGAAUGGUGAGAGACGGUUGAGGUGUCCAAUCUGCCGCCGUAAUGUGACGCAGGCAAGGAGAAUUUACAUGGCUUUAUGA